CCCUAUUAUUUUAGUUCAAACAAAACAACCACCUUCGGUAUUUCCGCAUCUCUUUAACGAAACUGAUUCUUUUUCCUUAACUUAGCAUUUCGCAGUAAAUACGGUUUCGUUCUUUUCUUUUUUUCCCUUUUGGUUCUCAUUACGGUUUCAUUCUUUAUCCCAUUUAUUUUUUCCUGAAACUUUGUUUGCUUGGUUAGGGACGUGAUAUUUCCCUGCUUAAGAUUUUACGAGUCCUCCGCCUGAGAAUUCUGUAUUUAUUGAAGGAUCCCUUCUGGGUUUCUCAGCUGGUGAUUCUUCAAUCUUCUAUUUUGUUUUCAGAGAUAUGUGCAGUAUGGAAGUUCCUGAAGAUAUAGAUACGACAGCUGAAUCAGUGGAGAUAUGUCUAGUGAGCCCUCCAAUGGACGGGACAGGGAAGAGAUUGUGGAAAAAGGUGAAGUAUCAACUGGUAGAGUACCACUCAUUGCCUGGAUUUUUGAGAGACAAUGAGUAUAUUUUGGGCCAUUAUAGGUCAGAAUGGCCAAUGAAGCAGAUUUUGCUUAGCAUCUUCAGAAUUCACAAUGAGACAUUGAACGUUUGGACGCAUUUGAUUGGGUUCUUCAUUUUCCUUUCCCUUACCAUAUACACUGCAAUGAAGGUUCCAAAGGUUGUCGAUCUUCAUGCUCUGCAGCAAAUUACCGAUGUAUUGAGAAAGGCUGAUUUACACAAAUUGCAAGCAGAAAUCCUGACAUGCUUACCUUCCUUACCUAAUAUACCUGAUCUACACAAACUUCGAGAGGAGUUAAAGACGAGUAUUCCUCUAAUGGAUUUGAUUCCUUCAUUCUCAAGUUGGCAUGUUAUGGAACAUCUAUAUAGUUGUUUACCUGAGCUUUCCUCUGCUGGAAAUCAUAUUGAUCCUCAUGUUCUGGAGAGUGUUAAAGAGCCGAUAACACGGUGGCCUUUUUUUGCCUUCUUGGGUGGUGCAAUGUUUUGCUUGCUAGCUAGCAGCACAUGCCACCUUUUAUCAUGCCACUCUGAACGCCUAUCGUAUAUCAUGCUCAGGCUAGACUAUGCUGGGAUUGCGGCUCUUAUAGCAACAUCCUUUUAUCCUCCUGUGUAUUACUCCUUCAUGUGUGAUCCGUUCUUCUGCAAUCUCUAUUUGGGAUCUAUAACCAUCUUGGGAAUUGCAACAAUCUUGUUUUCCUUAUUGCCAGUAUUUGAGAAGCCAGAGUUUCGCAGCACUCGAGCAUCCCUCUUCUUUGGCAUGGGCAUGUCCGGGGUAGCGCCCAUUAUUCACAAACUUAUCUUGUUCUGGCACCAGCCGGAGGCACUUUACACAACCUUGUACGAGAUUCUGAUGGGGCUUUUGUAUGGCAUGGGAGCUUUGGUGUAUGCCUUGAGGAUUCCGGAGCGGUGGAUGCCCGGAAAAUUCGACAUUGCUGGGCACAGCCACCAACUUUUUCACAUCUUGGUUGUUGCCGGUGCCAUCACUCAUUAUAAGGCCGGACUGGUUUACCUCAAAUGGCGAGAUCUAAAUGGUUGUUAAAAUAAUCGAUAUUAGGCAAAACAAUGGAAUGGAUGGAUGGCAAAGGGUAUUAUAAUCCAUUUGUAGCUAUGUAGUUAAAAUGCAUUUAAUGCGGUUGGAAUAUAUUAUAAUCCAUUUGUAGCUACGUAUAUCCUUCAUAAAUCAGUUAUCUCAAAGUCAUGAACCGUACGUACAGUUUCAACAUUAUUAUACUAUCUUGUAAAACCCUGUUCAACUUUCUUACUCCGGAAUAUAUUAUCUUGUAUGAAGAGCUUUUCAGAAUGA